CGUAAAGCUAGCCGAUCUAUGGCUGUAAUUAAAGACACAUCAUUUAAUAAUAAAAUCCUUGUAUUCCAAUUCCAAAGUUUGGUUUUCUUAAUUCCGUUUUUAAUAGUGUAAUUAACAUUACGCAAAAUGAAGACGAGAUUCAAUACAUACGAUAUCAUAUGCAUGAUCACAGAACUGCAAAGAUUGAUUGGAAUGAGAGUAAACCAGGUUUAUGAUAUAGACAAUCGUACGUAUGUGAUACGUUUGCAGCGAUCCGAGGAGAAGAGUGUUUUGUUAUUAGAAUCUGGUAACAGGUUUCAUACAACACAGUUUGAGUGGCCAAAGAAUGUCGCUCCGUCAGGGUUCACCAUGAAGUUACGUAAACAUCUUAAAAAUAAGAGACUUGAGAAACUAAGUCAGCUCGGUGUAGAUCGUAUUGUUGAUCUACAGUUUGGAUCUGGAGAGGCAGCUUAUCAUGUCAUAUUGGAACUGUACGAUAGAGGCAACAUCAUACUAACUGAUUCAGAAUGGAUAAUAUUAAAUGUUUUGAGACCUCAUGUUGAAGGAGACAAAAUUAGAUUUGCAGUGAAAGAAAAAUAUCCACUAGAUAGAGCGAAAACAAACUAUGCAGCACCACCCAUUGAAGAUCUGAAGGAUAUAUUGUUGAGAAGCAAACCUGGUGACAACCUCAAGAAAAUAUUGAAUCCCAACUUAGAAUUUGGUUCAGCAAUGAUAGAUCACGUUCUGCUACAGAACAAUCUCUCUGGCAACAUGAAGAUUUCCACAGAACCAGGAAAAGGCUUCCACAUAGAACACGAUAUAGAAAAGCUCGUGAAAGCUCUGAAACAAGCUGAAUUACUAAUGGAUGUUGCUAAGAUUGAAGUUGCCAAGGGUUACAUAACUCAGAAGAAAGAAGAGCGCCCUAAUCCGGAAGGAGAGCCAACGUAUUUACUGACGAACAUAGAGUUCCACCCGUUAAGAUUCGCACAACACGAGAACCUACCGUUUGCCGAGUAUGAAACCUUCGAUAGGGCUGUCGAUGAAUUUUUUUCGGCUUCCGAAGGGCAGAAGAUUGACAUGAAGACCGUACAAUUAGAACGCGAAGCUCUGAAGAAGCUGCAGAACGUGCGCAGGGACCACGAGAGGCGCGUGACGGAGCUGGAGCGCGCGCAGACCCGGGACAAGCGCGCCGCCGAGCUCAUCGCCAGCAACGAGCCGCUCGUGGAGCGCGCGCGGGCCGCCAUACAGACGGCGCUCGCCAACCAGCUGUCAUGGGAUGACAUUCAACUGCUGGUAAAGACGGCCCAGGAGAACAAGGACCCGGUAGCGUCCUGCAUCAAGCAUCUCAAGCUCAACACCAACCACAUUACGCUGCUGCUCUCCGACCCCUACCUUCACGACGAGAAGCCGGAAUCAAUGAUGAUCGACAUUGACUUGUCAUUGACAGCUUUUGCUAAUGCUAGGAGGUACUACGACCAAAAGCGAAACGCGGCCAAAAAGCAGCAAAAGACAAUCGAAUCCUCGGGAAAAGCUCUUAAAAGCGCCGAAAAGAAGACGAAGCAAACUUUGAAGGAAGCUCACACGAUCAGCAACAUUAUAAAGGCUCGGAAAACUUACUGGUUCGAAAAGUUCUACUGGUUUAUAUCGUCUGAUAAUUACGUGGUGAUAGCCGGCCGCGACCAGCAGCAGAACGAGCUCCUGGUGAAGAGGUACAUGAGGGCCGGUGACGUGUACGUGCACGCCGAUCUGUCCGGCGCCUCGUCCGUCAUCAUCAAGAACCCCAGGGGUGGGACCGUCCCGCCCCGCACCCUAUCCGAGGCCGGGCAGGCCGCGGUGGCCUACAGCGUGGCUUGGGAGGCCAAGGUGCUGACCCGGUCGUGGUGGGUGCAGGCCUCGCAGGUCAGCAAGACCGCGCCCUCCGGCGAGUUCCUCACCACCGGCUCCUUCAUGAUCCGGGGGAAGAAGAACUACUUGCUACCGGAGCAUCUGCAGUUCGGCUUCAGUUUCAUGUUCAGGGUCGAAGACGGCUGCAUAGAGCGGCACCGCGGCGAGCGCCAGCCCCUGGGAGCAGACGAGGAGCCGCCCGCCGCGCCCGGGGACGACGCGGAGGACCAGGAGAUAGCCGUGUCUGAUGACGACGAGCCGUCGGACAAGGAGGACAGUAAAGCAGCGGAAGGUAAGCUGGAAACCAUCGCAGAGGAGCCACGCGCGGCCGACCCGCCGGACGUGCGUGCGAACGAGACGGCGAUACAGAACGAGCGGGACGGCGACACUGAGAGCGACUCGGGCGACGACCUCCCCGACACGCACAUAAAGGUCGAUCACGGAACGGGACAAGUCAUGCUCUCACGGACGACAUCGGAAAUAUCGGAGACGCCUGAAGACAAAGUACCCUCUUUUCCGGCCCUCCCCAAAAAGGGCGGGAAGAAACCACAGAAGAAAGAAGUAAAGGUAAAGGAAGAAGAGAAGAAGGAAGAUAAGAAAGACGGACCGAAACGAGGACAGAGGGGGAAGCUAAAGAAGAUAAAAGAGAAAUAUAAGGACCAGGACGAAGACGAGAGACUGUACAAAAUGGGAUUGUUGCAGGCGGCGAGCAAAAUGAAGGAAUCGAAAAAAGCGCAGAAGAAGGCAGAGAAACCCGGCAAGAGUAAGAGCCAGCAGCGCGCCAACAAGAUCCCCCUCCCGGCGCCGCUCAUACUGGAGGCGGAGUCGGAGGAUGAACUCGAGCCGGACCCAGAGGGAGAGCAGCAGCCAGGGCCCGACGCCGACUCGGAGAUGCUGCAGCAGCUCACCGGGAGUCCCUUCGCAGACGACGAGCUGCUAUUCGCAGUGCCCGUGGUGGCGCCCUACUCCGCGCUCAACCACUACAAGUACAAAGUGAAGCUGACGCCCGGUACCAGCAAGCGAGGCAAGGCCGCGAAGACCGCCAUCCAGGUGUUCCUCAAGGAGCCGACGGGGACUCCGCGCGAGAGGGACCUGCUGAAGGCCGUGCGCGACGAGGACGUGGCCAGGAACUUCCCCGGGAAGGUCAAACUGUCAGCGCCGCAACUACAUCGACACAAGAAGUAAGGAGGAACGCAAGAUCAUUGCUUCCGGAGCAGAACGAUAUACGAGAGGAAAACGUUUUUUAUAUAUUAAGUGCAAUACGUCUAUUGAGUAAGUUUGUAUUUCGUCAAUCCGCAAUCUAAAGCAAAGUCAAGUGGUUCACUGUGAGGGCGUUGACCUUUUUACAUUGCGCGCUACCAACUAAUAGCUAAAUUCGUUUUUUUGAUUAAUGUCUUUGAUUUGCAUUCGUCCUAGGAUCCGUGUCGACUUGCAAUUCUUCUUUGUAGUGGAACUUUUGCAAUUAUUAUACAUAUACCUAAAGACCACAGAGUCCAACCGAACAGCCAUAAAAAAAAAAUUGAUUACAAAGAAGAUGAAACAAAAACGGUUAUACAUAAAAACUAACAAACAUAUUGUUGUAUACAAAAUAAAUUGCAGGCGGGCGGCGUACACGAAUUUUUUGUUUAAAUUUUCAUAUGGCUGUAUCGCAUCGAACCAAUGUUAAUUGUAAUUAAUUGCGUAAAUUUUUCACUACGAACAUUACGUUACGAUGAGGUCUUCGCCUAAACUUGGUGCACUGCGAUGGGCUUAAUUUGCAUCUAAAACAGUUAAGGAUUGAAGCGAAUAAACA